CGGAUGUUGAUCAGCUGACCUAAAAAAGUUAUUUUCUCACAUGACUGUAUCCCGACUAACCAGCAACACGGACAUGGUUACGGUUAGUGUGCGCAGAGAACACACUAUAGGUAAUUGACGUAUGUAGAGAAAAUUGAAACGUUUUAUUUAAAAAACGGUCUUUGUAUAUACCGGUGCCUACAAAUACAGAAACAAAUAUUCUGAAGCACUGUCGGGUACACUGUCGGGAGUGUUCAGACAGCACUGCCUACAGUGAUCCUGCUGGGAGAGACUGGGCAGGGGCUGCCUCAAGGUCCUUGGAACAAUGCCGUCCAAUAAGUCAGUAUCAGACGCCCCAAUCACACAGUUUAUGAACUGCAGGAUCCUGAAGGAGCAGGAAUUGCAGAGCGAGGACCUUUGGGUGCGGGAAGGUACAAUUCUGAACCCAGAGAAGCUGUUUUUUGAUGAAAAAGGGUAUGCAGACACUCAGAUCGAUUGUCAGGGCAGUAUAAUCGCUCCUGGAUUUAUCGAUGUGCAGAUAAAUGGAGGCUAUGGCAUAGACUUCUCCUUAGCAACAGAUGAUGUCAAAGGUGGGGUCUCAUUGGUCGCUAAGAAAAUUCUGGCUCAUGGUGUCACCUCUUUCUGCCCAACUUUGGUGACCUCUCCACCUCACAUCUACCAUAAGGUACUGCCUGGGAUCAGUGUCCAGAAUGGAGGGGCUGAAGGAGCAGGGGUGCUGGGGGUUCAUCUGGAAGGCCCCUUCAUCAGUCGAGAGAAGAAGGGCGCUCACCCAGAGCAGUGCCUGCGCUCCUUCCAGGCUGGGGGCUUCCAGGACCUGCUGGACACUUACGGGAGCCUGGACAAUGUGGCCCUCGUGACGCUGGCCCCUGAGCUGCCCCGCAGUCAGGAGGUGAUCCGAGAGCUGGUACGCAGGGGAGUCACUGUGUCACUCGGGCAUUCUGUGUCUGACCUGUCCCAGGCUGAGGAAGCUGUUCAGCAGGGAGCCACCUUCAUCACACACCUCUUCAACGCCAUGCUGCCUUUUCACCACAGGGACCCCGGCAUUGUGGGGCUGCUGACGAGUGACCAGCUGCCCCCAGGGCGCUCUGUGUACUACGGCAUGAUCGCGGACGGCAUCCACACCAACCCUGCAGCCCUUCGCAUAGCCCACCGUGCCCAUCCAACAGGUCUGGUUCUAGUGACAGAUGCCAUCCCCGCGAUGGGGCUUCCCCCAGGCAAGCACACUCUGGGGCAGCAGGUCAUCGAGAUCCAGGGGCUCAACGCCUACGUAGCAGGCACCAAGACUCUGUGCGGGAGCAUCGCUACCAUGGAUAUGUGUGUGCGCCACUUCCUACAGGCUUCUGGCUGUACCGUGGAGGCGGCUCUGGAAGCAGCUUCUCUCCACCCGGCUCAGCUGCUGGGAGUCAGUGACAGGAAGGGGACGCUGCACUAUGGUUCAGACGCAGAUUUUGUUUUCCUUGAUGAUUCUCUGAAUGUGAGAGCUACAUACAUCGCUGGGGAGCAGGUGUGGAAGAAAUGACCUUGACUGAAGCUCUCAUUCUGCAGAGUACAGUGGCAUAACUCUGCUUGGGAAGGCCUAAGGCAAACGCACACCUAAAGGAACUGUUUUUAGGUGUUCCUUCUUACCUGUAAUAUAUAUCAUGCAAUGCUGUUGAGUAGCACAGAUUUCAGUAAUAGUGACAGUCAAACACCAAACCACUACAGAAGACUACAGCUCCCGCCCCAAGCACAAUAAGGGUCUACAAGUAGAGACAUGUUUCUAAAGGUUACUUGAAAGGGAUAUACUGUACAAUUAACAUUUUCCCAAUGUAUUUUGUUACCUGUUUAAAAGCCUGAGUUUUGUUUGUUUAAUAAUCUAUUAUUAUUCUGUUUCUGCUCCGAUCAUUAUUUACCAGGCUUACUAACUCAUGUGUUUUUUUUGUUUUUUUUAACCAAAGGUUAAAAUUUCUGAAGUGGUUUUAGAAGGGACAAUCAGGGGUGUGCAUCUACAAUUGCUCCCUCUGCAACUGUGGCAGCUGUGAGUUAGUCGAUUGAAAACCUCUGUAGAAAAAAGAGAUGGGACAGAAAUUACAGCUGCACACCCCUAGCUGUCAUUUUUUCAAACCACAUCACGUCAAAAAUGUAUUGAGGAGUCUUUUCAGAAGCUGUGGUUGAAACGUCUUCAAUGGAAUAGUUAGUAAGCCUGUUAAAUAAUGACCUAAGCAGAAAGAACAAUAGAGAAUGAUAUGGAAUACACAGACUAGUAUAUUCAACAGGUAGGACAUGAACUGUUGUACAUGUAGACAGCGCUCCAGAUAAGGUUUUGGGUCAUUAAAUAAUUUACUCUCCAUUUUAGACACUGUGAGUAAAAUGCAACAUUACCUUAAAGUAAUGAGUACCGUAUUCCUUCUAAUUUAAGACGCACCAAUUGUUCUUCUCAAAAAUGGUCUGCGUCUUAAAUUCGAGUAUAGUGAUGCAUGUAUUAAAAAAUCCCCAAACAAAAGACGUGACUGCCCGGGUACACAAACAGCAACGUGACUGACUGCUGAGAAAAGACAAACAAAAACGUUACUGCCCGAUCUCCAAUCAUCCGUGACAUACAGGCAGCCAUUUUCAAAGAAGCGUCAUUAGCUUCCUGAGGAAUUCAAAGAGAAGCUUUUACAAUCUCAGCAUUUCGUUAUUAGGCUCCGUUCUAACAAACAGUACCAGCUUAGAUAGAUCGGAAAAGCAAUACCACAGCUCACAAAAAGGAAGAGAAACAGGUGCAGUAAUCACGACUGGAAAUAUGAGAAUCCGCACAUAACUGUAAUGGUCUGUGUGACAGCAGACGGCCACAAACUGCUUCCGUACGUCGUUUUCUUAUAUGUGCAGUUGAGGUUGUAUCUUUGUAAAUGCAUCUUUAUUUGAUGUAUUCUUUUUUCCUCAAAUUGAGGGUGGGUCUUAAAUUCGAGGGCAUCUUAAAUUUGAGGGAAUACGGUACUUUCAAUAAAUACUGUACAUACGUUAAUCCUAACUUUAACUACAGCCAUACAUUUGAACUGUAAUGUUUCUUUGAACAACAACUUCAUUUACAAUCGUUCAGCAUGUCGACACUGCACUUUCCUUAUUUUCCACCUGAAAAAAAAUCCAACAAUUAAUUUUUUCGCAGCCAUUCUUGCCUUAAUAAUAUUAAUAAUGUUGCUACUCUCUCAAUGUAAUUAGCUACUGUGUCAACAAAUUAUGUCCAUCUUUUACGUUUGCUAGGAAAAAAAGCUGUAACACCAACUAGGCCUGUAUGUAGAAAAAAGUGGUUCUCUUCAGUGGAAAUGACAAGGGCCUGUAAUAUGGGAAUUUGCCUAAAAGUAACAACCAAAAAUAAGAUAUUUACUAUGGAAAAUGUUUCACAUGUAAUGGAACUACCAAAGGGUAUAGUUGCAGACUUUACCUUGUCUAAUCCCACAGUCUUUUAUAUCAUAUUCCAUGUAGGCAUACAUUUUACAGACAAUCCAUAUAUCAAUGUGAUCUUUUAAAAAAAAAAAACUUCAUGUUUAGCAUAAAAUAUUAUAAUAUUUUUAAAAAUUAGAUUUCAUUUUUGCCUGUCAUUUGUUAUAGACCCUUUUCCUUUCAGAAUAAAGAGACUAGGAUCCAGUUAUAAAGCUGUUGUUCUAGUCAGCACACUGCAUUGUGUCCCUGGUCCAUGCUGGCUCUUACACUGGGUGAUCUAGUCUGAGUUGUGUUACAGCAUGCAUCUGGAAUUGAAGAGCAGCUGCUGAACUCCUGGUCACAGUAGCGUAACAAAGACAAUACCAAAGGUUUAAACAGUAAUUCAGAACCACUCUGAACGAUUGCAAACAUCAUGAAAAAGUAAGGGGACAUUUAAAAAAAAAAAAAAAAAAAAAAAAAAAAAUGACUUAGUUACAUCAUCCUUUGUAAUCCAUUCUAAACGGACAGCAGCAGUGUUGUUAAUGAAUCUGUUUUUCCAAACAAUUCCAAAAGCAUGCAUAUGAAAUGUGCCUGAAUGAGCAAUUCAAGAGGGAAGCAAUGGAAUUUCCAUAAGACUGUUUUCUCAUAAGACAAUUAAAAAAAUGAUGAUUGUAUGUUUGGAUUGACUUAAAAAAUUGUCAAAGGCAAAACUUAAACUAUUUUAAACUUAAUAGACAAACUUUUCUUCAGUGCCUCUUCAGCAUCCUGGAAAGCUAUCCUGUAUGCUGUGUGCCUCUUCAGUGUCCUGACAAAUGUUAUCCUUUAUGCUGGGGUAUUAUUAGUCACAAAAGGGGAUGAAAUCUUCGCCAACGGGGAUAUAGGGAGCUGGUCUUACUUUUUGAAAAGUCGACUUGAUUUUGUUUUUUUACUCAUAAAAGCAUACACAACUGUAAAAACAAAGUGAAAGCUCAUUUUCAUUAUGAAAAAGUAAAUCACAUUCACAUAGUAGUCCCAUGUAAAAAUAGAAAUAUGGCAUAAGCACAGUAGCAAGAUGCUUUGAAUGAUUACUUUGUGAAAAAAAGAAUCUUAUGCAAGAUCCCCAUUAAACAGUACAUUUAGAGUUAACGUAAUAUUGCCGUUUAGGGUUUUUGAAACCUUUAAUCUUAGUCUGCAAACUGAAAAUAAUAAUGAUACUGUGUAAUGGGUGUUCUGUUACUGUGUGUGGGUAUCCACUCUGGUUUUAUUUACAAUCACAGGGUUGCAGUGGCAGGUGGCCGCCACUUGGGUUUCAACAAUGGUAGUCCAAGUGCAGAAGGAUGUACUGUAAAGCCAUAAAUAUUUGUGACAAAAUGAAUCACACCCAUAAAACCUAUUGUGCCCAGAAAUGUUGGCGUCCUGUUGCAAUAUAUGAAGUAUGUAUUGUUAGCGGAAUUUGAUAUUCGUGCCAAAAAUGUUAGCAUUUUUUUUUCAUACGCAGAAAACGCAUAAUAAAAGGCUCAGAAAUAUUUAUGACAAAACACUUCAAAAACGAGAAAAUAAAAGUUGGCCUACAGGCGGCCGAGCUCUGCCUGCGCUAUUUACAUUUACAGAUGCAGGGCCUGAGCUCUGCCACGUACUGAUUUUGUACUACUUUAAAAAAUGAUCAGUCCUCGCGUUUGUUAAUCUGUCUUUAAUAACAUCACUUCAGGAAUGUACUUGCAGUAGCCCAGAGAGUUGUCUAGAUGGCGCACAUGUGCCCGUGCAUGUCAGACAUGACGGCUGCAGCUGCUGACAGAAAAUCUCAACCACAAGCAACACAUUCAAUUGGACUGAGUGCAGCCCACAUACUCGAAUACAAUCAAGUGCAGGCCAGGUAGAGUUCAUUGCCCCGGGGAGAUUUCUUGUGUAUCCACCACUAACAGCCCAGGGAAGAAGGUAUCUCUAAACACAGCUUUGAUGCAGUAUGCAGACCAGGGCCCUGGUCCUGGAGGGUUGCUGUCCCUCCUGGUUUUUGUUCUAGCUGUACACUAAAUUGAUUACACACAUACUUGUAAAUCAAUACUAUAUAUUUCGUUUUUGCAUGUUUAUAUCAAUUUAUUUGCAUUGAUAAUUGUAUGCUGUAUAUACAGUGCAUCUACAUAUACAAACCUUGUUGUAUAAAAAUGACUCGUCUUUGUAAAUCAAAUAAAAGCUACGCACUCUGAAGAAACCCAUGCUUGUACAGUAA